UACAGACAGGCUGCAUGUUUACAGGGAGUUGGGUCACGUAGCUUCUAAGUUGCGUGUUACUUAGUCUUGCUCACCAAUCGUACUGUAAACGCGGUUCUGAAUUGGUAACCGCUGAUCAAGGUACUGGCUACAGGACCAGAUAACAUGAGUCCUCUUCAUAUUGAAACACCAGCACUGUUGUCACCUUCUCUGACAAGACUGGCUGGGAGGCAUGUCUAUCUGAAACUGGAGAAUCUGCAACCUUCUGGCUCAUUCAAGCUCAGAGGCAUUGGCUGUCUGUGUGAGGAGAGAUCAUCUCCUCGUCGGGCGGUAACGCCGGCCUGGCCGCGGCGUACGCGGCGCGCACACUCGGCAUGGCUUGCACUGUGUACACGCCCCACUCCACACCAGCCCUGCUGGUGGACAAACUGCGGAACGAAGGCGCCGACGUGCAGAUAGUCGGCAAGAACUGGAACGAGGCGAACGAGGUAGCCGUUGAACGCGCCCAGCGUCCCGGCUGCUGGUUCGUCCACCCCUACGAGCACCCGUCCAUCUGGAGGGGCCACUCGACGCUGGUGGAUGAGCUGCACCGUCAGCUGGCCGCGCCGCCCGCCGCCGUCAUCCUGUCGGUCGGCGGCGGCGGACUGGCCAACGGCGUUAUUGAGGGACUCGAGAGGGUCGGCUGGUCCGACGUACCCGUGGUCGCGAUGGAGACGGAGGGCGCCGAUUGCUUCAGCAAAGCGCUGGAGGCCGGGAAGCCGGUGGUCUUGAGUGGUAUCACCAGCCUGGCCAAGUCACUGGGAGCGCUGCAGGUGUCGGACCGGCUGCUGGAGUGGUCCCGGCGGCGGCCGGUGCUCAGCGGGGUGGUGACCGAUCGGCAGGCGGUGGACGCCUGCGCUCGUCUGGCAGCCGAUCACCGGCUGCUGGUGGAGCCGGCCUGCGGCGUCACGCCCGACAUGCUGCUCCACUGGCAGACGCUCACGGCCGCCUGA